GGCUCUAAACUGAAGACAAGAUGGCUGCUUGUUCUCAUUGCUGCUGCUGUUGCUUGCUACUUGUGUUUGGGAGGCCUUGUUGGUGACUCAAGGUGUGUGGAAGUCUUUUACAUUUACUUCCGUGCUGGCAGAGUUGAAGAGCCCUAUGUCAGCAUCACGAAGAAAAGGCAGAUGCCCAAGGAUGGGUAUUCAGAAGAAGUUGAGAAAGAAGUGGGCCAGGCUGAAGGCAAACUAUGUACGCACAGGUCUGCAUUCAGUAGGGCAUCUGUGAUCCAGGCGUUCCUUGGAUCUGCACCCCAGCUCACACUCCAGCUCUACAUCUGUGUCCUGCAGCAGGAGAUCACAGCCGCCAGAAGUGUUUUUAUGGUCCUUUCUCUCUUGUCGAUUGUAUAUGGCGCCUUACGCUGCAACAUCCUGGCUAUUAAGAUUAAGUACGAUGAUUACGAUGUCAGUGUGAAACCGGCUGCCUACCUCUGCAUAUUCAUGUGGAGAAGCUUUGAAAUUGCUACACGUGUUACAGUGUUGGUCCUUUUCAGUUCAGUCCUUCAAAUCUGGACUCUCCCUGUUGUGCUGGUGAAUUUUUUUGGUUUUUUCUUUUAUCCCUGGAUUCUCUUCUGGCAAAGCAAGUCCCCGUUUCCCGAGAACAUAGAGAAGGCACUGAGCAGGGUUGGCACUACCAUUGUCUUGUGCCUCCUCACUUUCUUGUAUGCUGGCAUUAACAUGUUCUGCUGGUCGGCAGUGCAGCUGAAGCUCAAUGAUCCUGACUUAAUUAAUAAAUCCCAAAAUUGGUACCGACUGACUGUGUAUUAUAUGCUGCGGUUCAUUGAGAAUGCAUUCCUCCUGCUGAUGUGGUACCUCUAUAAAACUGAUAUCUACCUGUAUAUCUGUGCCCCGUUGUUGGUCUUGCAGCUCCUGAUAGGUUACUGCAUGGCUGUCCUCUUCAUGUUGGUGUUCUACCAGUUCUGCCACCCAUGCAAAAAGCUCUUCUCCUCCAGCGUUUCUGAAGGUUUGCUGUCCUGUUUCAAGUUCCUCUGCUUUGUUUGCAAGCCUCCCAAAUCCACCAUACUGAUGGACAAAGCAGAUCUGAAAUCACCUGCUAAUACUGAUGAAGCCCGGAGCAGUAGCAAGACAAUAGAUUCUCAAAAUGGGAAUCCUCAUCAGAGUGUUUCUUCCAAUGCCUAGUACAACUGGUAGCAAGCAGGUGCCUUUGGAAGGUGCCAGAUCACCUACUGGAAAUGCUGUGUAUCUUGGACAUUGUGUCUUGUGGAUGAGGUUUUUUUUCUUGCAGAUGUAGCACUGCAUGAAGACUGACAAGCCUACCUUUGUGGGUAACUUAAGUGCAUGAGGGUAUGUUAUCUCUGUAUGUGUCUGUGUAUGCACACAGAGAGCAACCAUUGUUUGUAUAAUUCUACUUCAGAGUUUUUUUGCACAUAAGUAUAUUAUCAUUUGCUUAUUUUGAAGUCAUUAUAGGAGACAUCCUUCAAAAACUGGCCUGAUGCUGAUCUUACUCAGGAAAUCUGAAGAGGAUGGAUGGAAAUGCAUUUUAUUUCAGAUAAGAUGUCAUUAUGGCAUGCCACCCUAGCAUGGAAACAGACCGUAAUCCUUGACUAUAUAUUGACUGUAGCUGUGGUCUGCUUUGAUUAAAGUGCAGACUUUUUUUACAUUCUGAUCAGUGUAAUAAGAUAGUACUUGUCUUUUUGACUUAAGAAUUGGACUUCUGCAAUUCACUGUAAUCUAGGUUGCCAAGAAACAGCCAAUUAGACACCACUAAUACUGAAACGUGACUGUUACUGAGAAUGGCCAGAGGGGUUAUUGGUGUAUGCACUCUUCUACUUCUUAUAUUUGCUGCUUGUUAGUAAGGGAAUUAAAUUUAGGACAGUAAAUGUAAAAUUCUGGAAUAGCUCAGUCUCUUGACAUCAUCACAAAUAAGGUUAUUUGUAUGUUAUUCUGGUAUAAGGGUGGGGUUCACUUUAUAUAACUUUAAAUGUCUAGAAGUUGGGCAGAUAGUAUGAACUAGUGAUGUAAGUACUCUCACUACAUCUCCAGAGAAUGAUUCAACGCAUCCUAAAAUGUUGUCCUAGGCAGGUGAUAUGAAUCAUUCCCUGGAGAGCUAUUACUGUGUUGACCAGGUGCCUUGAGAAUUAGUUUAGACUAGACAUGUCACUUUUAGAUGGCUAAAAUUAAGAGAGACAAGUGCCACUCUGAUUGUCAGGGGUUUGGUAGUGCAGCGAGCAGGGAACUCAGUGACUCGUCAUGUGGAGACAGAGGAUCUUGAGUCCUUCUUUUUGAGUCUGUGAUAUAUUAUAUUAGUUUGAUAUCAGUAAUUUAAAACACCCUGGCUUCUUUACCUCAGAAGUACUGCAGGUUUGAAAUCUUCUAAAAGAGGAACCAGAAGGCAUUGACUUUUUUUCUAUGCACUAUAUUACCACAAUUAAUUAAAAGCGUUUCUGUAUUUUGUAAGUUGCUGAUAAAGUUUUAAUAGAUGGACACUCGAGAAGUACCAUGUAGUGGAAAUGCACAAAACCAAUUGUAUUUUAAAAAGUAAGUGAAAGUUUUUUGCACUUUGUUUGCUCAGCACCUUGCAUUUCUUCUGAGUUUUACACCUUAUGGCUGCUAGUGGAAACAAAUAAUUCCUGAACCAAAGCAUCUUUUAUUGUCCUCAAUUUAGCCUCCAUCCUACCUUUAUGGAGGACGUGAAGUUCUUCAGAAGAAGGGAUUUCAGCAUCGUUUUACUAAAAAUGUCACAAGUCGAGGAUCGAGGUAAUUUAUAAUGAAAUAUGUCAUAUGCAGUGCUGCAAAGAUCUAAGCUGUUUUUAUUGUUCUUUACUGCACUAUAAAUGAAUGUCUUUGCACUUCA